UUCUAAUGCUGCCCCCUAUUGACCAUACCAUGCUUGUCAGCUCAUGAUUGUUUACAAUUUUAUCAAUACAUAAGUUAAUUUAUAAAGUAUUUAUUUAGAAUAAUCCAUCCUUGGUCCAUUAUCUAAUUGGGGCAUCAAUUUUCCAAUCUUGUAUGUGUUGUGGUAUCAAUUCCAAAUCCAAGGAGGCGUCUUUUUUCAAAUCUUCAAUCGUUCCACACUCGAAUAUUAUGUGUUCCAUGCCCGCACAUCUCUCUCCACAUGAACAGCUGAUGGCGAAUUUUUCUUCCAUAGAUUUGAGGAAUAUGAAUCUAUGUGUAUCUCUUACCUUCCCUGAUGGAUAAAAUUUCUGCCAAAUGCCAAUUCCUUUCUUCCAAUACUCAUCAUACCAUACCUGCACUCUCUUCAUGUUUGCCCUAUCCACUGAGUAACAUGUCAUAUCUGGAUGUAUUUGUGUUUCCCGACGUUCCUCCCACGGCAUCGUCAUUGAUAGGUCAAAUCUCUGCCAGUACCAUUCUAGUUCUCUGAAUUCGUACAUUACAUAUAGAAAUGACUUGGUAAAUCUACCUUCACUUGUUACGUAUUUGGUCAUCUCUUUGAUUUGGUACGAAAAUGUCUCAUGUCGUUUCCUUGUUUUAAUGUACCAGAAUGUACCAGAAAGUAAACGUCGUUCUCUAGCUCUAAUGGUAAAGCACAUCAUCGGAGUAGCAAGCAUAUAUUUGUCUGUCAACAAUAGCUGUUCAUGUUUUUGUUUUAUCCUGAGUGUUUCUCGGGCAAUAUUCUUGACAGAUUUGUCAAAUCCUUCCAGUAGUUCAAAUCUAUCUUUCAUUUUAUCUAGGUUAUCGGUUGUGAGAAGAUAGGAUAUUGCAGUAUCUUUAACCAAAGCAAGGAGCACCGUAUUGUAAACGAUUAUCUUAGUUUGUAACGGUAGCGAUCUCAUGUCCAUUUUAGGAUCCCAUUUCGAUAAUUGUCUCAAUCCUGAUUCUCUGAGUCUCUGUCUGUCCCGUAACAUGGAAUUUGAAUUAAAACCAAUGAUAUCAGCACCAAGUAUGGUAAUUCGGACUCUUGACCAUUCGUACGUUGAUGCCAUCCGCUUUCAGAACAAAGCCACAACCGAGUGUAGCUACUUUUUGGGGUAUAUGAGAAUACUGGAAUAUUAUCGAUAUGGCCUGUACCACGAAAUACGAUAUGGAUGAUAAUGCUGUUGAUAUUGAUGGUACUUAUAGUUUUAAGAAUAUUAUCUUCCCUUUUGACAUAAGGCGUUCUCGGGAUAUUUAUGAAGAUGAUGAAUGCCGGAAAGGUUGGACUUUCACUUUCACACAGUGUUUCCUAUGGUGUCGUCCCAGUUGGUCAGAGACCUUUACCCGAUACCGACAAUCCUUUAAUCAUCCAUAUCACCAUACAUUGGUUAAAUGUACAAUUACUGAUGAUGAUGGAGUAAUUUACGAAGCCUAUGGUUGUCAUAUUGAACAAAAGCGUGCUUCUGAUAUCGCGUGUUAUCGCUUAGGCGAGAUAUUGUUGGAAAAUUGUCCUCUUGCUAUAAUGCCACCUUAUCUUAUUGGAUUCCCCAAUAUACGUGGUCACUGUUUUUUGAUAGCAGCAGUCCUGCCUGUAUUUUAUUCUUUCCCUAUUAUGCAAAGAUUAUUCCGGAUAAAUUGUCAAUCUGUUCUCGAGGUCAAUUUAGGAUUGGGCUUAAAGCGACCCAGCAAGCGUCCUCGCAUAGAAACACCAAGAAUGUGGAUACAAUCUCUAUUAAAAUGUUAUCAUGAUUUUCAUAAGGUUUCAAGUAAAGGCUAUUACGAUAUGGUAAAUUUGGGGUAUCUUCAGAAGCGUAUAUUUCCUGAGUCUCGUAGCAAUCCUGAACUUCCCGAUAGACCUGUUAAUCCUCGGUAUGAUAUCAUGUUGGAUGUCGCUUUAAUUAAAGGAAUAUGUAACAUGCUCGGUAAUUAUUGUGAUACGGACUAUCUCAAGCCAGGAGGAGAUGAGUGUCAAGCUUAUGGCUUUAUUAUGACCAAACUCUGUGCAACUAAUCCCGAGCUUUAUGGAGAGAUUAUGUUUAGAUUUAAGGCAAAUUUUGUUUGUGGUAAUUGCUGUGGAGGACCCUAUACUCAUGAAUUUGCCUUACCUUAUAUAUCAGUUCCUGUUAAUAAAAAUUUUCAGAGUCUAUUUAAUGAGCCCAUUGCCCUCGCUACUGCACAGAGAUUAUCCCGAACGCAUGGAGAACCAUAUCAUUGUCCUGGUAGGCUUCGAGAUAUAGACUUCUGUGAAUUCUUAGAGCAUCCAGAAGUUUUAUGUGUAAGGUACGAAUUUGGUAAAUCCGAUGAGGAAAUUAAUGUACCUGAUAAGUUAACUUUGGUUGUCAAAGGAGAGACCAAAAAGUAUAAACGACUUUGUAGUUCUGUUGUCAUAAAAUGCUAUGAAAAUAUUGAAGGAGAACCUUAUCCUCCUUUUUUCCGCAAACCUUCUUGUACUGAUAAGUUCACUACAUGGCAUACCUAUCUCCAGAUUAAUACAAUUCAUGGCUGGUACGAGGUCAAUAACGGAGAGAUAUAUCCUGUCGAUACGCGACUUUUCAAGAAAGCGACUCCAGGCUCGAUGCAUUUUUAUCAAUUAAAAGAAUAUGAUUGUUUCUUACCCGACUUGGUUUUAAGAUUUGUUGAUUUUUACCCUGAACGAUAGUUUUUAGGUUACACAUGAAAUUGUGGUCACCCAAAAUAUAUUUAUAAAAUGACAAAGUUAAACAUGAAAUUGUAUUCACUUCAUCUUUAUU